AUGCCUCACAUUGGCGCAUCUCUUCCAGGAGUGGCCUUGGCUCUCUGCAGUGCGACUGCGGCCGCCUUCUCAAACCCAUCUCCCUUUACCCCGAAACACGAGCCUGGCCGAUGCGCCUUCCGCGGCCAGUGCGGCAAACAGAGCUUCUUUGGCAAGCAGCUCCCAUGUGUGGACAAUGACCCAGCUCAUGAUGCCGAUGCCGAGCUCCGCAAGGAGCUUGUUGAGCUCUGUGGUGCCGAGUGGAAUCAUGUCCAAGUAUGCUGCACGUUGGAUCAGGUUCGCUCUCUCAAGUCCGAACUCGGAACGCCAAACACUUUGAUCGGCUCAUGUCCAGCUUGCAAAAGCAACUUUUUCAACAUGUUUUGCCAGUUUACUUGUUCUCCCGAUCAAUCAACCUUUGUCAACGUCACCCAAGCUGCUCCGAAGAACGGUAAGCUGCUGGUCACCGAGCUAGACCAUCUUAUAUCCGAAAGGUAUGGCUCUGGCCUCUAUGACAGCUGCAAGGAGGUCAAGUUCGGAGGUGCCAAUAGCCGAGCUAUGGAUUUGAUAGGAGGCGGUGCCAAAGAUUAUCAUGCGAUGCUCAAGUUUUUGGGCGACAAGAAGCCACUGGUUGGCUCACCGUUCCAGAUUAACUUUCCCGAGUCGUACCAGGAACCCAACAUGGGGUCGAAAGACAUGAAUCCCAAAAAGUGCAACGACGAGGACCCUGACUACAGAUGCGUUUGUGUGGACUGUCCCGAAGUAUGCCCCGAGCUUCCCGCCGUCAAGCAACCGGGUGCUUGCCAUGUUGGCGCACUUCCUUGCCUUUCCUUUGCGUCCAUCUUCACCUAUUCGGUGCUACUCUUUGUUUUCGCCACAUCCCUCUUUGGCAGAUUCGCUUGGAAAAAGUAUGCAGAGCAUCAAGUUGAAAGGACAAGAUUACUGCACGAAUCCUCGCAUAACGACGACGAGGAUGAAGGAGGCCCCGUAUUGACGGAAGCCAUGCGCGAUCGGCCGACAAAGAGCUAUUGGAUAAACGAUCGCUGUGACGAUAUAUUCUACCGACUGGGUCACUCUGCAUCACGCUUUCCAUCCCUUACAAUUGGCGCCAGUCUCUUGAUUGUGGCAGUACUGAGCGCGGGUUUGUUCAGGUUCGACUUGGAAAAAGACCCGGCGAGACUCUGGGUCAGUCCGUCAUCAGCUGCUGCGCAGGAGAAAGUCUACUUUGACUCCAACUUUGGACCCUUCUAUCGCGCGGAAAAGGUUUUCCUUGUCAAUGACACGAAUCCUGCUGGACCUGGUUCCGUCCUCAGCUACGACACCCUCAAGUGGUGGGUCGACGUCGAGAAAAGCAUCGAGGCACUUGAGAGCGAAACAUAUGGUAAAACUCUUCGCGAUGUCUGCUUCAAACCUAUGAACGAUGCUUGCGUCGUUCAAUCAGUCAGUGGAUACUGGUUUUCCAAGGGCGGCGUGAUCGAUGCCAAAACCUGGAAAGAUGAUUUACGCAGCUGCGCCAGUUCGCCCGUCGACUGCCGCCCAGAAUUCGGCCAGCCUAUCGAGCCUGGGAUGAUCCUGGGCGGCUAUCACAGCGACGUCGCCGAUGCGCAGGCCAUUACUGUGACAUGGGUCGUCAAUAACCCACCCGAAGGCAGUGAUGCCCGAGGGAGGGUUAUAGACUGGGAAAACCGACUUCGAGAUCGCCUCCUUGAGGUGCAAGAGGAGGCCGAGCAGAGAGGGCUCCGGUUGUCCUUCACCACCGAAAUCAGCCUGGAACAAGAGUUGAACAAGUCCACAAACACAGACGCCAAGAUCAUCGUCGUCAGCUACAUCGUCAUGUUCAUCUACGUCUGUAUGGCGCUGGGCACCCCUCUGAAACACAUCUUUAGGAACCCAGCGCUGCUGCUUGUCGAGCCAAAGGUCACACUAGGACUCGUGGGUAUCCUGAUUGUCUUGAUGUCUAUUGCCGCAUCGAUCGGAUUCUUCUCUUGGGUAGGUCUCAAGGCGACUCUCAUAAUCGUAGAGGUCAUCCCCUUUAUCGUACUUGCCGUUGGCGUGGACAACAUCUUCCUGAUUGUUCACGAGCUUGAGCGAGUCAACGUGAGCUGCCCGGACCAGAUGGUGGAGGAGCGUGUCGCGAGAGCCCUUGGACGCAUGGGACCCUCCAUCUUGUUCUCUGCGCUGACGGAAACCGUCGCCUUCGCACUGGGUGCUGCCGUGGGCAUGCCCGCGGUUCGCAACUUUGCUGCCUACGCAGCGGGAGCGGUGCUGGUCAACGCGCUUCUGCAGACGACCAUGUUUGUGUCCUUCCUGGCCCUGAACCAGAUGCGUGUUGAAGACCACCGAUGCGAGCUUUGGCCAUGGUGGCAAGUCAAAAAGGCUCGCAUCCACCUCAACGGCAGCAACAGCUACGCCGGAGGAGGAAGGGUGUCGGAAAUCGAAGAGGAAACCUUCCUGCAGGUCUUCAUCAAGAAUACGUAUGCGCCUCGUCUUCUGGGUAAACGUGUCAAGAUUGGCGUCAUCACCGUCUUCCUCGGCGCGUUUGCCGCCGCCCUUGCGCUGCUGCCCAAGAUUGAAAUCGGCCUCGACCAGCGAGUGGCGAUUCCCGACGGGUCGUACUUGAUCCCGUACUUCAACGACUUGUACGACUACAUGGAGACGGGCCCUCCCGUGUACUUUGUCACGCGAGGGGUUGACGUGUCGCGCCGAGAACAGCAGCAGCAACUCUGUUCCAGAUUCACCUCUUGCCAGUCGCUGUCCUUGGCUAACACCCUGGAACUCGAAAGACAACGACCGGAAGUGUCCUACAUUGCUUCCCCCGCUGCUAGCUGGCUGGACGACUUCUUCCUGUGGCUGAAUCCGAUGUACGAGCAAUGCUGCGUGGAGGAUGGUAAGACGUGCUUUGCAGGACGAAAGCCCUCGUGGAACACGACCCUGUACGGCAUGCCCGAAGGCAAGGAGUUCGUCCACCACCUCCACAAGUUCCUGUCCUCUCCCGCGGACGAGGAGUGCCCCCUGGGAGGCAUGGCAGCCUACGGCGACGCAGUAGUCAUCGGCGGCGACGACCAAAGCGUCCAAGCCAGCCAUUUCCGGACGGCGCACACCCCUCUCCGCAGCCAGGCUGACUUCAUCGGCGCAUACUCGUCGGCCCGCCGUAUCGCGUCCGAGAUUGGCCAGAGAACCGGCGCGGAUGUGUUCCCCUACAGCGUGUUUUACAUAUUCUUCGACCAGUACCUCACCAUUGUGCAACUCACGGCGAGCCUGCUGUCGGCGCUCUUCGGCAUCGUUCUCGUCGUCGCCUCUGCGCUCCUCGGAUCGGCACGGACCUCGGCUGUCUUGACCGUCACCGUCUUCAUGUGCGUUGUCGACAUCAUGGGCGCCAUGGCAGUCUUUGGCGUGUCCCUCAACGCAGUAUCCCUGGUCAAUCUCGUCAUCUGCGUGGGCAUAUCCGUCGAGUUCUGCGCCCACAUAUGCAGAGCUUUCACGUUCCCUUCCCGGACCGUCAUGCAGAGCAACAACACCACUCUGCGCGGCAGGGACGCGCGCUCUUGGACAGCCCUCGUCAACGUCGGCGGCUCCGUCUUCUCCGGCAUCAUCGUGACCAAGUUUCUGGGGGUCUGCGUGCUGGCGUUUACCCGGUCCAAGAUUUUCGAGAUCUACUACUUCAGAGUCUGGCUGUCCCUGGUCGUGGUCGCGGGCUUGCAUGCACUGGUGUUCUUGCCUGUCGCGCUGAGCGUUGCCGGCGGGAGCGGCUACGUGGAUCCGGAAAGCGAGGGCACGGCAGCUCAAGACCUGACGGACAGGAGGUGGCGAGCGAUUCGGGUCCAUGACAACAGCGACUCAGAGGAGGAGGAUUACUGA